AAUGGUCUCACUCCCCGCCAUGCAUGGACAUCAACCACUGCAAUAUAGCUACUACUAGUAGCAGUAGCUACCUUCGUCCAUAUCCAGAAAGUCACCAACAAUGGAUGCUAAGUUGGGCAUUGGGCUAUUUUUGUGUGUAGUUUGGGUGAUGAGCGGCAAUGCCACUGACCCUUGUGGCUCUCAGCCGGAUGAGUCGGACCUCAACGUGAUUCCCGUCUACAGCAAAUGCUCACCGUUCAAGCCACCCAAGGCAGACUCGUGGGACACCAGGAUCGUGGACAUGGCCUCAAAAGACCCUCUCCGUGUCAGGUACCUGUCCACCUUAUUGGGCCAGAAGACCGUCUCCGCCGCCCCAAUAGCUUCCGGUCAGGCCUUCAACAUCGGUAACUACAUCGUCAGGGCAAAACUCGGAACCCCCGGUCAACUUUUGUUCAUGGUUUUGGACACCAGCACCGACGAGGCCUUCGUCCCUUGCUCCGGCUGCACGGGCUGCUCCGACACCACGUUCUCCCCCAAAGCUUCCACAAGCUACGGCCCAUUGGACUGCUCCGUACCCCAGUGCGGUCAGGUCCGCGGGCUUUCAUGCCCCGCCACAGGAACCGGCGCCUGCUCCUUUAACCAAACCUACGCCGGCUCCUCUUUCUCCGCCACACUCGUCCAAGACUCUCUCAGAUUAGCCGCUGAUGUUAUCCCUAACUACUCCUUCGGCUGCGUCAACGCCAUCUCCGGGGCCUCAGUUCCGGCCCAAGGACUUUUGGGUCUGGGCCGCGGGCCACUGUCGCUUCUCUCCCAGUCCGGGACAAACUACUCCGGUGUAUUCUCUUACUGCCUUCCUAGCUUCAAAUCGUACUACUUCUCCGGGUCGCUCAAACUCGGGCCCGUGGGCCAGCCCAAGAGCAUCCGGACCACCCCGCUUCUGCGCAACCCCCACCGGCCUUCUCUUUACUACGUGAACUUCACCGGAAUCAGCGUGGGGCGCGUCCUGGUGUCUUUCCCCAGCGAGUAUCUUGAGUUUAACCCGUAUACCGGAUCCGGAACCAUAAUUGAUUCGGGAACGGUGAUCACCCGGUUCGUGGAGCCCGUGUACAACGCGGUGAGGGAGGAGUUCAGGAAGCAGGUGGGAGGCACGUUCUCGAGCAUUGGAGCUUUCGACACGUGUUUUGUGAAGACGUAUGAAAAUCUGGCACCGCCAAUUACCCUUCACUUUGAGGGAUUGGACCUGAAGCUGCCAUUGGAGAACAGCUUGAUUCACAGCAGUGCCGGGUCGCUGGCUUGCCUUGCUAUGGCGGCGGCGCCGGAUAACGUGAACUCGGUGUUGAACGUGAUUGCGAACUUUCAGCAACAGAAUCUUAGGAUUUUGUUUGAUACCGUGAAUAAUAAGGUUGGCAUAGCCCGUGAGGUUUGUAACUAAUUAGCUGGGUGCGUUUUUUGUUUGUUUUAUCGUGGCAGUGGUUUUCUUGUUUGGGUAGCUAGUUUUGUAUGUUUCCUUGUGUUUAGAAAAAGGUGAAUAAGCUUGCCUUGUGUGGCUUUGGAAGUUAUUCAAUGUUAAAUAGGGGUACUAUAUAUUGUCUUACAUUGAUCCUUGUCCUAACAAGGGAUGAAAAUAAUGAUGUUUGAUGAAGUUAAUCAUGCGACAGUAAUUAAGGAUGUUUGUUUAGUGG